AUGUCGUCCAACGCAACCCUCUCCACGCCCAACAAUGGCGCCCAGAUCAAGGCCUCCCGCACCCGCGGUGCCUCCCACAUCGACUUCAAGUCGGCCACCACCGGCGUAGCUGCCAAGGCCAUGCGCAACGAGCUCAACGCGCUCGUUUCGGGCAUCGAUGACCCUGCCGUUCGCAAGGCUUUCGACGCCGAGAUGUCCAACUUCUUCAACCUCUUCAACCGAUACCUGGCCGAGAAGGCCAAGGGCGAGAAGCUUGUCUGGGACAAGAUCCAGCCCCCAUCGCCCGAGCAGAUCACCCCCUACGCCGAGCUCCGCAAGGCCACCGACCCCUCGAUCCUCAACAAGCUCGCCGUGCUCAAGCUGAACGGUGGUCUCGGCACCACCAUGGGCUGCACCGGUCCCAAGUCGGUCAUCGAGGUGCGUGAGGGCAUGACUUUCCUCGACCUCUCGGUGCGCCAGAUCGAGCACCUCAACAGCUCCCACAACGUCAACGUCCCCUUCAUCCUCAUGAACUCCUUCAACACCGAUGAUGACACUGCACGCGUCAUCCAGAAGUACGCAAACCACAACGUCGAGAUCCUCACCUUCAACCAGUCCCGAUACCCGCGCGUCAACAAGGAGUCGCUCCUCCCCUGCCCGCGCUCCGCCACGGACAACAAGAACCUCUGGUACCCUCCCGGUCACGGCGAUCUCUUUGACGCCAUGAACAACUCCGGCCUCCUCGACCGCCUCAUCGCCGCCGGCAAGGAGUACCUCUUCGUCUCCAACGUCGACAACCUCGGCGCAGACGUCGACCUCAACAUCUACCAGCACAUGAUCGACACCCAGGCCGAGUUCAUCUCGGAGGUCACCGACAAGACCAAGGCGGACGUCAAGGGUGGUACGCUCAUCGACUACGAGGGCACCAUCCGUCUGCUCGAGAUCGCCCAGGUGCCCUCGGAGCACGUCGAGGACUUCAAGUCGAUCAAGAAGUUCAAGAUCUUCAACACCAACAACCUCUGGCUCAACCUGCGCGCCGUCAAGCGCGUGCUCGAGAACGAGGAGCUCGACCUCGAGAUCAUUGUCAACAACAAGGCGCUCGACUCGGGCGAGGCCGUCAUCCAGCUCGAGACCGCUGUCGGUGCUGCGAUCAAGCACUUCCGUGGCGCCAAGGGUGUAAACGUGCCGCGCUCGCGCUUCCUGCCCGUCAAGUCGUGCUCGGAUCUGCUGCUCAUCACCUCGGACCUCUACUCGCUCGAGCACGGCAAGCUGCUCAUGAACCCAGGCCGCAUGUUCUCGCAGACGCCCGUGGUCAAGCUCGGCGACACGUUCAAGAAGGUGGCGCAGUUCCAGAAGAGGUUCAAGUCGAUCCCCGAGAUGAUCGAGCUCGACCACCUUACCGUGCAGGGCGACGUCGUGUUCGGCCGCAACAUCACCCUCCGCGGCACCGUCAUCAUUGUCGCAAACGAGGGCAACAAGAUCGAGAUCCCCGAGGGAUCGGUGCUCGAGAACAAGCUCAUCUCGGGCAACCUCGCCAUCAUCGACCACUAG